AUGGACAAAGGUUUGGUACCAGGCAGGACCAGUUCGGUCUCAGAGGAGAUGGAGGGGAUAUGUGUGAUGCCAGAUAUGAGUGGCAUCAAGUCGGAGCACCCGGGUGGAAGUGCGGACAACACAGGUGCACAGAACGUGGCCAUGGGGAUCAAGUUCAUUCUGCCCAACCGCUUCGAUAUGAACGUAUGCUCAAGAUUCGUCAAGUCACUCAACGAGGAGGACAGCAAAAACAUACAGGACCAGGUCAACUCCGAUUUGGAGGUGGCUUCUGUUUUAUUUAAAGCCGAGUGUAAUAUUCAGACGUCACCCUCACCGGGGAUACAAGUGCGUCAUGUUUAUACCCCGUCCACCAACAAACACUUAACUCCCAUCAAACAGUCGACAACCACCAACAAGCACCGUGAUAACGAAGUGUCCUCCACUCCUCUUCUGGUCCACUCUCUGUCCAUUCACCAGCUAGCAGCACAGGGUGAAAUGGUUUUCCUAGCCAGCAGGAUUGAACAAGAGACUGUGAUUAACCUGCAGGAUGAGGAAGGCUUCACCCCCCUGAUGUGGGCUGCAGCACAUGGACAGAUUGCAGUCGUAGAAUUCCUGCUUCAGAAUGGAGCGGACCCCAACCUGUUGGCUAAAGGCAGAGAGAGUGCUCUGUCUCUGGCAUGCAGUAAGGGAUAUACAGACAUCGUGAAGAUGCUCAUCGAUUGUGGGGUGGACGUCAAUGAAUAUGACUGGAACGGCGGGGCUCCCGUGCUCUACGCUGUCCAUGGGAACCAUGUACCCUGUGUGGAAAUCCUCCUAGAAAGUGGAGCUGACCCCACCAUUGAGUCCGACUCUGGCUUCAACGCUAUGGAUAUGGCUGUGGCAAUGGGCCAUAGGAAUGUUCAACAGGUGAUGGAGGCCCAUCUACUGAAGCUGCUGAUGGGGAUGCGAGAGUGACCAGAGCCCAGGGAAAAGCCACUAACCUGGGGGACAUGAGGAAGGAUUGCCUGGGAAUGGAAAUGCAGUAUACAGCAGACUCCAUAAUGAAGAAAGAAAUGUCUGAGGACAAUCGUGAAGCACGUCUGAGGCUCGUGUGAAACGUUUAGGAAGCAUGUGUGUGAGUAUUUAGGCACCCCAUGUAUCUGUUUUGGGUAGACGUCCUAUUGAGUUUUGUAACAAACCAUGUAAGAAACUAGUGCAUAAACCCAAACGUCUGCACAAAUCAUGCAUUAAUAAUGGGGGAUGUUGAAAGUUGAGUUAAUUGCACACGUCAUUUGAGAAUUCUGCCCCUCAUGAAAAGGGUAUUGGCAUGAAAGUAAAACAGCCUAGUGGGUCAACUGCCGCAACGACUAAUAGCAUCGUCUAUGCUGUUUUGGUGCCCUAGCUCCCACGUAACGGCAUUCAGCGAACCUGUGCACAUACUGUGUGUGACAGAACAAAGUCUUGCAUCUCAAUAUCUACAGUGCUGCUCGUGGCAACGUCAUUUUGCGGGCUACUUUUAACAAGUUGUUGUGAAAUUAAGUACAUCGAACAAUAAAUAGGAAUAAAAUUGGUCCCAUG